ACCAGCAUAAUGAUGACGACCUAAAGCUGGCUUCUCCACAUCCUGGCCACUAUUUUCACCUUGUGCGCGUUUUGUAUUUUUGGACGACCGAGUCUUUGGCUGCAGAUCCGGUGCAAACCGUCCAAAACUAACCAGCAGGAGUCACACGACCGCUGUGAUGGAGGACAGUGGAGAAAACCUAAGCGGAAGUGAGAAACUAACCGGAGCAGGAAAACUUUUGGGGGGGAACCUGGAGACGGCUGCAUUACAUCGGAACUGCGUGAUGAAAAGCAAAGGCUUUUGUAAUCGGAGUUGCAAAGUGUGAAAAGCAGCUGUGAUGGGACUCCCCACUUUGGAGUUCAGUGACUCUUUCCUGGACAGUCCGGACUUCAGAGAGCGUCUCAAAUGCCACGAAAUAGAGCUGGAGCGAACAAAUAAGUUCAUCAAAGAGCUCAUCAAGGAUGGGAACAUGCUGAUCAGUGCGCUCCGCAAUCUUUCUGCUGCCGUCCAGAAGUUCUCCCAGUCCUUGCAGGAGUUCCAGUUUGAGUGCAUAGGUGAUGCAGAGACAGAUGACGAGGUGAACAUUGCCCAGUCAUUCAAAGAGUUCUCCCAGCUAUUGAACACUGUUGAAGAGGAAAGACGACGCUUGAUUCAGAAUGCAGAUGAUGUUUUGAUUACUCCCUUGGAAAAAUUUCGGAAGGAGCAAAUCGGCGCUGCGAAGGAGGGGAAGAAGAAAUUUUAUAAAGAAACAGAGAAAUACUAUUCCACCCUUGAGAGACACCUCAACUUGUCUUCCAAAAAGAAGGAGGCAUAUCUGCAGGAGGCUGACACACAGAUUGAUAAAGAGAGACAACUCUUUUAUGAUGCAUCGCUCGAGUAUGUUUUCAAAAUACAAGAAGUGCAAGAAAAGAAGAAAUUUGAGUUUGUUGAACCGCUCCUGGCCUUUCUUCAAGGUUUGUUUACAUUCUACCAUGAAGGAUAUGAGCUGGCUCAUGAAUUUGAGCCGUACAAACAACAGCUCCAGUUCAACCUACAGAAUACAAGAAACAAUUUUGAGAGCACAAAACAGGAAGUGGAGAAGCUGAUGAAGAGGAUUAGGUCUGCAGAUCAGGACUAUAGACCCCCAGGCCAAUGGACGAUGGAAGGCUUCCUAUAUGCCCAGGAGAAACGUCCUCUGGGAUGCACAUGGACACGUCACUACUGCACAUAUGAGAAAGGCAGCAAGACCUUCACCAUGAGCAACAAUGAAAACAAGUCGGCCGGGAAACAGAAUGGCCUUGUCCUGAGCCAGCCAGAGAUGUUCAAGCUGAAGUCGUGCAUUCGGAGGAAAACGGACUCCAUCGACAAGCGUUUCUGCUUUGAUAUCGAAGUGGCAGAGAGGCAUGGCGUUAUGACACUGCAGGCACUGUCAGAGUCCAACAGAAGACUGUGGCUGGAGGCAAUGGACGGCAAGGAACCGAUUUACAACCUGCCAGCCAUAUUAAGCAAAAAGGACGAGACAUUUCUUAAUGAGGCGGGCUUUAACUUUGUAAGGAAAUGUAUUGACCUGGUGGAGAUGACAGGCGUAAAUACAAUGGGACUGUACAGAAUUGGAGGGGUGAACUCCAAAGUACAGAAGCUGAUGACCACAGUCUUUGCAUCCAAAGCACCUGUGGAUAUGAACCUGGAUCCAGAGACCUGGGACAACAAGACUAUCACCAGUGGUUUGAAGAAUUACCUCAGGUGUCUCUCUGAGCCUCUGAUGACCUUCAAGCUCCACAAAGACUUUAUCAUGGCUGUCAAGUCAGAUGACCAGAACUACAGGGUGUGCGCUGUUCAUGCUUUGGUUCAUAAGCUGCCCGAGAAGAACAAGGAAAUGCUGGAGCUACUAAUAAAACACCUUGUCACAGUUUCCAAACAAAGCCAGUUCAACCUGAUGACAGUGUCCAACCUGGGUGUCAUCUUCGGGCCCACCCUGAUGCGGUCACAAGAGGAGACUGUGGCUGCCAUGAUGAACAUCAAGUUCCAGAACAUUGUUGUGGAAAUCCUUAUUGAGAACUUCAACAAGAUCUCCCACCAGCCGCCGGACCCCAAUGUGCCCCUGCCCCAACCCCAGAGCCGACCUGGCUCUCGCAGGAGCAGGGCCAUCUGUCUGUCCACGGGGUCCAGGAAGCCCCGCAGCCUCUACACCCCAACACUGUGCCUGGCAGAUGCAGAAAGUGACACUUUCAGCAGCAGUCCAAGCAGUACUCCCAUGGGCAGCAUAGAGUCUCUGUCCUCCCACUCCUCUGAGCAAAAUACCUCCUCGAAAACAGCUUCCUCUGCUCAGGUCAAGGACAAGUCGCUCCUGGACCUCUGCCGAACACCGUCACAGCUCUCAAAUGACCCUUGUAGCGCUGUGUGUGUCAGCAGCCCUGAGUCCAGCUCCAGGGAGGACACAGGUCGUACAGAUGGCGAGUCAGAGGAUGCUCUCAGCCUGUCCUCAGUCAGUACAGCACCUAGGCUGUCUCCUGCACCUCAGAAAGCCCCACACUUCCUUUGUCUGAGGCUCAAAUUGAGGUUCAGCUGUCCCACUAAGAAACUUCAACAUAAGUUAUUUGCACAUCUCCCUCAAGGUCGUAGGAGCUGCUCUGGAUCUGUUCAAAGUCUGUCAACACUGGAGCCCAGAGAGAGUUUAAAGGCUACUGGUCACCCAGACCUGCCACGAAAACAAGCGAUCCGCCGCAGGAUGGAUACAUCAACCAGCAAUGGCUACCAAAGACCUGGCUCAGUGGUUGCUGCCAGAGCACUGCUUUUUGAAAAUGCCUCUUCACCACAGCCUGUUCCACUUGGAAGAGAUGCCAAGGCGAUGUAUUCCUGUGAGGCGGAGCACAGCCACGAGCUCAGCUUCCCCCAGGGGGCACACUUCUCUAAUGUCUACCCCUCUAUUGAACCAGGCUGGCUCCAAGCAACAUACGAAGGAAAAACAGGUUUAAUCCCUGAGAAUUAUGUUGUCUUCCACUAACAGGUGGUAAACAUUGUUUGUUUGUUUUUUCACGGUAUCCAUUGGGGGGGUGAAAACUGCAAGAUGCAGUUAAUCGUUGUUGUAAUGUUCCUGUUAUUGCUGGUCGCAGACAUUCCUGCAAUUAAUGCAUUUCUAGCAGAAAUGAAGCAGGUCAAUAAGUAUGAUAGAAGUUUUCACAAUGAAGUCAUUACAGAAAAGGAGGUAUAUAUUUUUGGACUAUAAUGUUAGGGGAAUCUAUAGCAAUUGUGAAUUUAAUAAGAAAUAGG